GCGGGGAGGAGGUGUGUCUGGGGCUGAACAAGCACACGCCUCUUACAUAAAAACUCAACUCAACUGUGGUGUUGAUCAGACGCACCAAUUUUAAAAGCUGAUCCUCGAGCCCUUUGGUGACUUUUCACACAGUUACUUUCGGUUGACGCGAGCGACUUGUGCUGUCUCUGAGGGGAAACAGAAACUGUCGGAAGUAGGAAGAAGCGCAGUGGCUGCAAUUACCUUCUCUAAUCAGCUAAUUUAACAGCAGGUGUGAAUUCAUGUCUGUAUUCUCCCCUCAGAUAUACUGCCCAGUGUUUGUGCCCGGCCGAGAUAUGACUGAGGUGAUGAUCAAUAGCACCCCCAUGGAGGACAUGAGGCUGAGCCCCAGCAAGGACAGGCUCUCCUUCCAGAUAUUCCCUGACCCCUCAGACUUUGACCGCUGCUGUAAGCUGAAAGAUCGUCUGCCGUCCAUCGUGGUGGAGCCGACAGAAGGAGAGGUAGAGAGCGGGGAGCUUCGCUGGCCUCCAGAGGAGUUUCUUGUCAGUGAAGAAGAAGAAGAGGAGGAGGAGGAAGAUGACGAAGAUGAGCAGAAUCACGGCAGUAUCCCAAACGGACAGGCCUCACAGAAUUCACAGCAUUAAAGCCUGUGCUGUAGCAUCCACACUCUCUUGUUUCUUUCUGAUAGACUAUCUCUUUCUCCACACUGGUUCCACACUCCUCCAACAGACUCAGACUGCAGACACACAUUCAGUGUCUCGUGAUACCAUCUCAUGACACCAAAGCAUCACUCCCACAAGAGAAGCAAUACACACAAGACACACGCCCUCACAUGAUGAAUUAUCCUCCCGGUCUGCAAACAGACCUGAACAGAAAGGACACGCACACUCGUAACCCACACUUUCUUUUUACCAUGCCUGUCACUGUGUGUGUCUCGGCCCAGAUCGGAUGUCCUGUUGGAAAGCAGCAGCUCUGAGCUCCAUGGACAGCUCUCACACUGCAGGGGGCUGCAGCUGCUCUGUGUUAUACUCCAAAAUGGCUGGCAUCAUGACCCCAGAGACUGGCAUACAGAACUAUUGUGGUACCCGUGGGGAUUAUCGUCUUCAGUACACCGUCUGUACCUGUGUUCAUUUUCUGGAUUGAUAUGUUGAUUAUUGUGAUUGCCACUGCUGUCCAUAGAUUUGUCUGUUUCUGAGAAGUGAAUGUUUUGUGAUUUGAGAAGUGGGUGUUUGUGUAUAACUGUUAGUGGGAUUUUUUGGUUCCCCUUAACACGAUGUGUCCAUAAUACUUUCUGUGAUCAAAUGUCAGACAAAAAAAGCAUCCUGGAAUCAUUUGAGAGUUGAGCAGAAAACAAACCAGCAUGCCCUACUUUGCUAAUGUGAUCAAACUCAUUGUGCAAAUACUUGUUAUGCAGAUGGGGCACAGUCAAUGUUAUGAUCCUGUCAUUAGUCUCUUGUAAGCCUUCUGGCAAAACGUGCUUGGAUGACAAAAAAAAGACACCAUAAUGUAAAGAAAGCAAAUUAUUUUUGAAAAUGGUGAUGUAUUAAGGACUAAAAUGUAACUUUUGAAAAAUAAGUUGAUAAAGCGAUGUACAGACCCAAUGAAGGAUGUGUAAAUACUUGUUCCCAUUGAGCCAAACCUGAGGCCUUGUAUUGCGCUGAUCUUGUUUGUACUCCGGGUUUGGUUUCCUGUCAGACAAAGAUUGAGAAUCGCUCUGAGCUGUACACACCUGAACUGAAAGUUGACAGUCCUUUUAGUCUUCCUGUUCUUUGUUUUCUUUUCUUAAACAGCCAUACUUUUGACAUGAAGUUCAAGUCAUAACUUAACCACACUGUAGGACAGAGUUCAUAGAUACACAAGGCAAUAUCUCUAAACUCUGUAACGCAAUUAGUCCUGUAUUUGCCAAAAGCUGUUCAUGAGUAAUCCUGUUCGUUCUCUAGUAGUAUUGUCUGUCCUUGAAUCUGUCUGUAUUGCAGUUUCUAAAGUUGGUGUUCCUUUGCUCACUCUUUAAAUCACCACUUACUGCUUGUGGAACAACUCAUGCAAGUCAUUAGUGGAAAAGACAAUAUGAAAAGCUGUUGUACAAGCAUGACUGAGAUAUGUCUGUUUUUGUAAUUUCUUGUUUGAGUGGCAUUAGGGCUGUGUACAGAACAUCUCUCUCUCUUUCUCUUGUGUCACCUACAGGUUCCACAUUGUUUUUGUAAAGCUCAGGGAGAUAAGCCGCCAUCUUUUUUUUUUCUUUGUAUUUAGACCACUUUUCUCUGUGACAACCACAGAGGCUGUAAAUAAACAUUUGAAUUUGCUAUCCAA